AUGUCUUUGUGGGUAGACAAGUAUAGACCCCGUCGUUUGGACGCGCUUCUGUAUCACGCGCCCAUCACCGCCAGCCUCAAGGCGCUCGCCAGCACCGGCGAUUUCCCUCAUCUUCUCGUGUACGGCCCCAGUGGUAGUGGGAAAAAAACCCGUGUGUACGCUACUCUCCACGAGCUUUUUGGUCCCCAGGUGGAAAAACUCAAAAUCGACGUCAAAACCUUCACCACCCUGUCCAACCGGAAAUUGGAGUUCAAUGUCUUAAGCUCGCCCUUCCACUUGGAAAUCACCCCGUCCGACAUGGGCAAUAAUGACAGAGUCGUGAUCCAGGACUUGUUGAAAGAUAUCGCAAGCACCGAACAAGUUGAUUUCUCCAACUCCAAGAACAACGGCACGCCCAAGCACCGCUUUAAGGUGGUGAUCAUCAACGAGGCCGACUCAUUGACCCGAGAUGCCCAGGCUGCCUUGAGACGGACCAUGGAGAAGUACUCAGCCAAUAUCCGGCUCAUCAUGAUCUCCAACACCACCUCCAACAUAAUCCCGCCCAUCAAGAGUAGGACCUUGUUAGUGCGGAUUCCCGCGCCAUCGGUCGCCGACAUCACCGCCAUUUUGGCCGACGUGGCCACCAAAGAGUCCGUCCACUUCACAGCAGACCCCGUACAAUCGGGCUUCUUGAGUCAAGUGGCCGCCAACUCGGACCAGAACCUCCGCCGGGCGUUGCUUAGCUUCGAGACCAUCCUGAUGCUGAAUGCCUCCGUGGCCUGUGACGGGCAGAACGCGGUGGUGACGUUGGACUGGGAAGUCAUCAUCAAAAACGUUUCGUCUUCCAUCUACACCAACCGCUCUGUGUCAAACUUGGCCAAGACUCGCGUAGUGUUCUACGAGUUGCUCGCCCACUGUAUUCCCGCUCGAAUCAUCUUAAAGGGUGUGCUCUUUGAGCUUCUUCGUUUGUGCAACAACCACAGUAAGGCCCAGCAGUUGGUGGAAAUCGGGUCAAUGUUCGACGAACGGUUGAGUUUGGGAUCCAAGGCCAUCUUCCACUUGGAGGGCUUUGUGGCCAAAGCCAUGGUGGCUCUUGAGUAA